GGCGGCUUUUCGAUAUUUCCACAUUAGCUCAAUUUUUGCAUUGAAGCUCUCUUCUUUACUUAUUACAAGAGUGGCACCACACACGUACCAUGAAAACGUCAAUGCGCAUCAACUCUUUAUGCGCAUUGCUCACCAUCAUUAUCAGCUGCGUUAGUGUAGCUUGGGGUACUGGUGCAAGAGAAACCGAGACAAUUUCCAAAACCGCGAUUCCGAUCGCACCUGAAUUCAGGAACACGCGAGUUAUUCGUGUCGUCGACCUUCGUGCCAAUGUUGUUCAAGAAGAUAUUGGCAUUCGCGCCAAGAACAUUGAUACUACACCUAAAAGCGAAUAUAUUUUCACUGUUCCUCGGCAGACUGAAGAACAUGUAGCUAGCAUCACGGCAUUCUUGCGUCAGGAGCCAAAGACAGCCUUGACCAUUGAACAAGCCGGCUUCGACUCGGAAAAAGAAGUGCAAUUGUACAAGAUUACGUUUGAUGAUCCUGUUAAGCCAGACGCUGAGGUUCGCUUUGGCGUCAAGAUCGCGUAUAGCCACGCUUUGACUCCCUUGCCUGCUAAAAUUCCACAAGUCGCUCGUCAAUUCGUCGUUUACAAAGACAAUAUUUACCUGUACUCGCCUUACUUCAGCGAUGAAAUCAAGACCACUUUACAAUUGCCCACCCAAGUGGUACAGUCGUACACAGGCGGCGACCACGUUCAGCAUAACGGAAACAAGAUUGUAUACGGUCCUUUCCACUCGGUAAUGCCCGAAACCUACGAUCGCUUGCGCGUUCAUUAUGAGUACACCAAACCUCUUUUGACCGUUACUGAGCUUGUACGUGAUUUACAAGUCUCUCACUGGGGAGGAAAUUUGGCUGUUGAAGAGAAUUACAAGCUGCAUCAUUCUGGAGCAGAGCUUGAUGCUCAGUUCAGCCGUGCUACCUAUCAACUUACUCGAAUGGUCCAUGGUCAAACCAAUGUUUUGAAAGACCUGACCUUCCGUCUCCCUGCUCAAGCACGCGACGUUUAUUAUCGUGAUGAUAUUGGUAAUGUGUCGACCUCUCACUUCCGUAACGAAAUCGAGUCUUCAGUCCUGCAAAUCACGCCACGAUAUCCCUUGUUUGGUGGCUGGAACUACACCUGGUUCCAUGGAUACAACGUAGAUCUCGCCAACUUUGAUCGCUAUUCACAGGAAAAGGAUGAAUAUAUCCUCAAUGUCAAUUUCGUUGAUAACGUCUAUGACAUGUCCAUUGACAAGGCUGUUGUUCGCAUUGUAUUACCUGAAGGCGCAACUAAUGUUCAAGUUCAUACACCCUUUAAUGUCGACUCGAUUGAGCACAAGACUUACUACACUAACUUCGAUUCAACGGGCCGAUACCUUGUCAUUCUUGAAAAGCACAAUGUCGUUCGCGAACACGAGCAGCCCAUCCAGAUCACAUACCAAUAUUCAACUGUGCGCUUAUUCCAAAAACCUUUGGUUGCAACGGCUGCUGUUUUUGUCCUGUUUUUGACAAGCAUGAUCUUUUCAAAGAUGAGCUUUACCAUUGGACCUAAAUCGGACGCUUCCAAAAAGUUAGAAUAAUAACGAAGGCAGUUCAACCUAAAUAGUAGUUUGAUGGCCCAACCUUUUCUUUUCCACUCCAAAAUGUACCAUAUUUACAAUUGCUUUUGAAGAAAAAAUAUAUCGCAAACAGGCACAGAGAAUGAAGAAAUGCAAUCUAUAUCUUACAAAUCUCCCACUAGUGUACUGUAUGUUCCCAUGAAUCAGUACCCUCAAAUUUCUUAUAUAAUGAAUAGAAAGUGGCAGAGAUAUCGCGGCAUUCAAAUACAUUGUGGCAAAUGAUCGGAUAUUCUGCAAGAGCC